AUGUCCUAUCGCGUUCACCAUCCCCUGAGGAAGACGAGGACGAAGAAGAAGAAGAAGAAGAAGAAGAAGAAGAAGAAGAAGAAGAAGAAGAAGAAGAAGAAGAAGAAGAAGAGUGAGCUAGUUCAUGGACCAAAUCGUAUUUGUGCUGCCGUUUCGGAAACUUUCUCGUUUCUAUCGGUAGAGUAAUGUGCCUGCAGCUCCUGUUGAUGGUUAAUUGUCCAGCCUUGCUGCUUGCUUUAUAUUAUAGCCGAGCCGGAUGCACGAACUCUGAGCUGCCUAUUUGCUGCUGACUGGCUUUGACCUCCCCGAGGCUGGCCGCUGGCUAGGCUCACAGGUCCUUUUUCCCCCUUGGUGAUUGCGUAGCCAAGUCAGCGUGCCUGUUGCCUUCCCCCACGUCAGUCGGCAGACCGAUCAGUCGUUGCUGUUCAUGUGAGUCGCUUUCAGCCUCGCAGGCACAUCGGGGAGACAGUGUUCGACGUUGGGCGCCUGACCCCUGAUCGUCACUUCCCUUCUUUUCGGUUAGCGUCGACCCUUAGUUCCGCGUGCUCGCCUGUCUUAGUGGUCCUAUCCGAACUGACCCGAGCCUUGUACGUAACGCCUGGUAGGCGGGAUGCAGGUCCAUAGCUCGGUUGAUUGUGCCAGUCGAGGGUCAACUUUCGGGCACCAGUCUGGCCAUCUUCUCAUUGGCUCGACUGAUUACCCUUGCCCCAAAGGAGACAAAGGCCAUGAGAGCCCGGCCAGCGAUCAGCCUCGGAGAGGUCAAAGCCAAUCAGCAUCAAGCACGGCCAUAA